AAAUAGAAAAGUGAUGAAAUGGUGAAAAAUUAGUAAAGUGUUGCUGUUGUAGACAAGGAAAGUGUGUAGAACACACUAAGACUAUUUCUCGGCUUCAUCACUACUUAUUUAAGUUAGUUCUCUGAUCGAUCUUUUUCACUUUGGCGAUCAUUGUGGUCAGUUAGAAACAAGUUGGACUAAUUCGCUGGUCUAUCACUAUAGACGGAUACAACUCCAUACGGAGGUCAGUGAAAGCCAAAGUUUAAUGAUUCUGUAUUAAUCCUAUUUAAACAUUUACAUUCCGUAAUCUGACGAUAUAAAUGUAAGUAGUGUGGAAAACUUUACAUUAUUAAUUUCUUCAAUAAGCCUGGUUCAGAAACAUUUGCCUUUGAGUGUAUAGGUUUAUUAUUCCAGCAUAGAUACCGGAAUACUUAUGUAAAGCCCUCAUUGACUUGUGGUUUCUGGAUAAUAAAUUAACUGUGGAAACAUAUUUAUCAACAUAGAACGGCAAUUAAUAAUCCAGACUUUAUCAUCUUCUGAAACUGCGGAGAAACUUGAGUGAAGUGUAUUGAUUUGACAGCUGCCGUUAAUUGAAACGACAUGGCUGAUCCAGAGAAAUUUGAGGAAAUGUCUGGUCUUCUCACGCCUACGACUACCCCUACCUCCACGCCCACUCCCACGCCUGAGGUGGUGCCACCGAAAGAGGAUGAGCAAGCUAGAAAGAAUAGGGAGCAAGAGGAGAAGGAUCUCGAUGCUGAAGUCGAGGAGGCACUUCGAGCUGUCGAUAUAGUCCUGGGUGACAAACUGUAUUGGGGUCCAAGGCGCCCAGGGGAGUCACGAGAGGUAUAUGAAAAGCGUGUUAAAGCUCUUUUGGACUUGAACUUAAAAUUGGAGACAAUAUUGGUACGCGAUAGGAACAAAGGCAAGAGCAUGAAAGACCGUGUGCGAGAGGCAAUCAUAGCGGAAAAAAGGAGGCUCGAAAUGAAGUGUAAGGAAAGUCCGGACACAAAAACGGAGUUAAAAAGCGAGUCGCAGCCAGAAGCAAACGCUGGGCCGAAGCCAAUGGCUGUAUCACCGGAGCCGGAGGUUGCUGCUGUUCUUCUGCCUAAGCUUGAGAAUAUGGAGGAGGAGCAGCAGGAGCAGCCAGAGGUGCAGAUUAAAGUGGAACAAAGUCCGGAAAAUCUUUCCCCACAUGGGCAAAAGCGUAAAAUAGAUGUCAAAAUAGAGGAGAUAGCUCUGGAGCAGCUUAAAAAGGAGCCAGAAAAUAAUAUGCAGUUGGUUCCCUUCAAGCGUCCACGGCACCGUAGCACAUCUCCAUCGUCCAUUUCACAUUACUCUGGCGACCUAAGCCGCAAAUUUAGCCGCCGCUACUCGCCUGGUGGCUCUUUGCGUUCCCUUACACGACGCCGGUCGCUCAGCCCUCAGAUCUAUUCGCGCAGCCCACAGUGCCACUUUAGGCGCGUCUCUGACUCCGAGAGUCCUAACCGCGUGAGCGUAAAGUACCGUCUGGGCUAUCGUCCUUGUGAAUCUGUGUAUCAGAAUCAGCCCCCGCAGCCACGCGGCUAUCAACGUUACCCGCGCCGUCAACGCUUCGCCAACAACUAUCAGCUUGUGCGUCCAAUUCCCAUGAUGCCACGACCGAUGGAACCACCUGUAUUCUUCCCACCACCACGUCACCCCUUCUGCCCAUACCCGGGAUACCCAUCGAUGCAGCAAGAUCUUGCUCUGGAGGUAAUGAACGCUGGUUUUAUAGGCUUCCCCCCCACGUGGAUGCCGGCGAUGUCACCACAGCAAUUGGUGGCCCCAUUGCACCUAAUGCAAGCAAUGCCACCGUGUCCGCUAUCGCCUGGUGUAACGCAGGAGGUGGCCCCCGAUUCGGAAGAUGAGUAUGAGGCGGAUAUUGAGAAGGUACGGAAGCUGCGCAAAGAGGCCCGUUGCAAGGAGCUGAUAAACCAGUUGAAUGCUGAGAAGGCUCGCUACGCGGCGAAUCAGGAACGCAUUGCUAGAUUGAUUGCUUCCGGAAAGUUGCCUGCGGAUGUCCUGAAAGAGCCAAAAGCUGACCGCCAGUCAGAGCAGCCUGCACAGUCGCAGCCGUCAGCGCAGCCCCUAGAGUCGACUCUUGAGUCGCAGCAGCCAAAACAGCCGCAACAGCCAAAGCAGUCGCAGCUUUCGCAGAGUCGAUCAGAAUCAGCAGAGAGAGCUGAGAAAUUCAUUGAAAAAAUGAGGGCUAAGGAGGUUCAAAAACAUGGCGAAGCCGCUACCAAUGGAGGAGGAGUUUUUCGCAGCCGCAGUCAAAGCUGCGAGAAAAGCAACUCGCACGACCACUUCAAAAGCCGACAUGCUCAUCAUGGAUAUAGUCGCGAUCAUGCUCAUGGAAAUCUACAAUAUAAUCAUGGUCGUGGCAAUGGUCCUCAUGGCCACAAUCAUGGCCAGGGGGGUCAGUUUGGAAAUUCUCCAGGUCAACGCGGUAGAAAUUAUCGCAGUCGUUCGCCAGCUUUUAGGCGCCUAGAUAGUCAGCGCGAUUACAGUAACAACAAUCAAAUGGAAAAUCGUCGCUUUAAUCGCAACUAUCGCUUCGACUUCAACAAUAACGGUUACAAUAAUCGCUUCAACAACAACAACAACAACAGCAACACUGGCUAUAACAACGGCUUUUCCAAUCAAUACAACAAUAACAACAACAACCGCUUCAACGAGGACAAUCGCAAUUAUAAUCGCAAUUAUAACCGCUUUAGUAACAACAAUCGUGCCCAACACUACGAAAAUCCCAACCGCAAUGGUCAAUAUUUUGAGAAUCGCAUCAAUAAUGCCCCUUACAACAAUAAUCAUCGCAACAAUAACAACAAUCCCAGCCGUUUUGCCUACAAACAACGCGAGGAGAUUUCACACCGGAAUUGGUACCGCGAUGAUGAAGGCAAUUACGUCAUUAGGAAUCAGCAAAAAGGCGAGCGCAAGAAUCGCUAGACAGAGCCAGAAAGACUGGAAGACAGGAAGAGAGUAGUAAUCACAUUUCUAUUCAAAUCUGGACCUUGGCAUCGUUACUCGCUGAGCCACAUAAUCAACUAUUUUCUGAAAUGUGUUGCUCUCUACUUUCCUUGAUUCUUAUCAUUAAUGUAAUUACCAAAAAAAACGUUUUUUUAUUUAAAUAUUUUACUGCUACUAUUAAAAAUUAAUGAAUAAUUCUAAAUCGA